UCAGAAUUCUCUCUAUCUCUCUAUCUCUCUAUUCUAUUCUAUUUUCUCUCUAUUUCUAUAUAUAGCAUUCCAAAAACACCACCACUAAACAUAUCAAUAUAUCAUACAAAAACCAUAAUGGGAGCUGAACCUUUGUCUAACCACCCUACAAUACACGACCAACAACAUUCUCGUCCUCUCGUACUUGGUCUCCAACCCUUUGCCCUCGUGGACCACGUGGCUCGCGUCGAUUGGUCCUUGCUAGAUCAAAUUCCCGGUGAACGUGGUGGCUCCAUACCUGUUGGAAUUGAGGAGCUUGAUUUUAUACUGAAGGAAGUGAAGAGUCAUGUUCUAUCAUCCCCUGAUGAUGGUUCGAGCCCGGUUAAGACCAUGGCUGGUGGCAGUGUUGCAAACACAAUCAGAGGGCUAAGUAGUGGCUUUGGGAUCUCUAGUGGCAUUAUUGGUGCUUGUGGGGACGAUGAGCAAUGCAAGCUCUUUGUUGAUAACAUGAAAUCCAAUGGUGUGGACCUCUCAAGGCUGAGGAAGAAGAAGGGACACACAGCACAGUGUGUUUGCUUGGUUGAUGCCUUGGGAAACCGUACAAUGAGACCAUGUCUCUCAAAUGCUGUGAAAGUUCAGGCAGAAGAAUUGACCAAUGAAGACUUUAAGUGCUCCAAGUGGUUGGUGAUGAGAUAUGCAAUACUUAAUUUGGAGGUUAUUAAAGCUGCUAUUCUUUUAGCCAAACAAGAAGGUCUUCUUGUUUCCUUGGAUUUGGCUAGUUUUGAGAUGGUCAGGAAUUUCAAACAACCACUCCUGGAGCUAAUAGAGUCUGGGAACAUAGACCUUUGCUUUGCAAAUGAAGAUGAGGCAAUGGAACUUUUAAGGGGUGAAGAAAAUGCUGAUCCGGUGGCUGCCGUAGAAUUUUUGGCCGAAUAUUGCAAAUGGGCUGUAGUAACACUUGGUGCCAAUGGAUGCAUUGCAAAACAAGGAAAGGAGAUUGUGCGAGUACCGGCGAUAGGGGAAGCAAAGGCAGUCGAUGCCACUGGAGCAGGGGACCUUUUUGCUAGUGGAUUUUUGUAUGGCGUUAUAAAGGGUUUCUCACUUGAAGAUUGUUGCAAAGUAGGAGCAUGCAGUGGUGGAGCUGUUAUUCGUUCUCUUGGUGGUGAAGUGACAUUAGACAAUUGGCAAUGGAUGUUCAAGCAGAUGCAGUUAAAGGAUCUUCUUUUGCCUGAUACAUCCAAAUGAAUGAAUAGCCUCCAUUGAGAUACAUGUUUCCACUUUUAUUCUUCUUUUGAUUUAUUACCAUCAAAUGGCAGCUAUAGUGUUCCAUUUUUUGGACUGCUUUGUUCUAUGCAUGGAAGAUAAGCUUAUUAAAUUAUCCAACAUAAAGAUAAGGCAGCUUCCAAAUAUUGUUUCCAUUUAGUAAUUCAUACUUGUGUAUAUGAGUACUUAG